UUUUUAGUCUUAGCGCGUGAUGACAAGGGUUGCAUCAUACUUAAGAAAGUCAUAACAAUAUCCGAUGAUUUCUACAAAGAUGAAUUUCUUGACCUAAUUACAGAUAACGCUUACAAGCUGAGUAGGGACGGUUUAGGAAUCUCCCUAAUCGAACAUGUGCUUAAACUCGAUUUUACACGCAAAACCACAGAAAAAGACAUGCGAUUGCACGCGCUAAUGGCUGAGUUUGAUGAGAAUCUCUCAACAUCAUCUUAUCACCUCCACAAGCUUGUCGAGAAGCUAACGUCAGACCCUGGUUUAUUUGUCAAGUUCAUCAAAACAAGACGAGGCACGCUCAUGCUUCACAUAAUCCUAGGAAAAACUGAAGAAACCGACACAGUUGUUUGGGCAGCAAUCAAGCAAAGGUUCACCGAUAUUGGAACCGAUUUUGAAGGUGGUGGCAUCCUAUUUCGAACCAUGUACGUUUUCAAGAAAAGAGGAAAUUUGGAAGUGUAUGCUAAAAUCCUACGACAUAUAGGACUCCAUGCUCUCUACCUAACGAACGAUAUUGAUUUGGGAAACACCGUGAUACUACACGUGCUGAUCGCGAUUGGGCUUCAUUACCACUACAUUGAGCUUUCGUUUCUGAAACAUGGAAGCCAAGUUGUGGAGAAGCUUCUCGGUGGUGACAACAAGACGGUGUUAUUUUCUCUGCUUUUUAUCGUCAUGGAGAUUCUUAAGUGUGACGAAGAAGAUACGUUGGUGAGAUUGGCUAAGGAGGAGUACGGGAAUAGAGUCUUGAGGAAGACUUUGGAAAUUGCAAAAAUUCAUAGGAAUGAUUUGUUUGACCAUCUUGUUGAGAAGUUGGAGCCCUUUCUUGAUAGGUUGCGUGGGUGGUCUCUCAGAAAUAAUAUUACAGCUAUCAUCGAUCCAGAAAUAGAUACAGUUAAGGAUCGGAUUGUUUCAGAGGAAAAUGCUUAA